AGAAGCAAUGCCCCCGGAACGACCACCACAACCAAAAAACCACCAAACCUCUGACCCCUGGUCCUCCGCCUCAGCAGGCCACCAACGCGCUGACGGACCCACGCUCUCGCACACCACCGCCUGGCGAGAUUCGAGGACAGAAAAGUUACACCGACAGUUUAUUUUUGGAGAUUGUAAUGCUGACUACAAUGGAUGGGGGAAGGGGGAGUGGGUGAUGAUGGAUAGGGAGGAGGGGAGAGGAAAGGGAAAGGAAGGGAGGGAGAUUACGGAUUUUAUGGGUGGAGUGCAGAAGAGGAGGGAUGGUUCAUGUGAGAUAGAGAUGGGUGGGAAAUCAAAAUGUUUUCGAGGGGAUGCGUCCGAUAUAUCCACGCAUAUGCCUGUGCUAACGCUAACGCCUACAUCUGCAUGUACAAGUACAUCUACACACGACGCGAACCGGGAUAUAUCUGUUACAACUGUACAUAAAGACACAGAUACAGAUACAGCUACACAUGCAAAUGCAGCCACACCCGCGCCCGCAUCAACACCUGCAUCUAUCACCCCGACAUCCAAAAAGAUACUCACCGGAACAACAAUCUACCUCAACGGCUCGACAAUGCCGCUCAUCUCAGACCACAAACUUAAGCGCCUUCUCGUGUCUAACGGCGCGAAACUCUCGCUCGUCUUCGCUCGGUCAGUUACGCAUGUUAUCAUCGGAAAGCCGAAUAAUGGUGCGAAUAAAGGUGCUGGUGGAGGAUUGGCGGCAGGAAAGUUGCAGAAGGAGAUCGAGAGGUGUGCGAGGGGUGUUAAGAUUGUGGGGGUUGAAUGGGCGUUCGAGAGUAUUAAAGCGGAAAAACGACUAUCGGAAACGAAGUUUGCCAUAAGAUUAGGCAAACAGCCAUCUGUUCUUGGGGUGCUGAGAUGA